GCUGUCACUUUUUUGUGCUUAUUUGUCACUUUAAUUUUAAUUAAUUGAUAAGAUAUAUCAAAUUGUCAUAAAAAAAAUGAGUGGUUUGUCUGUUAGUGUUGAUAAGGUCGGGGCAAAGCACCUGAAAAUAGAGACGCUUAACGAUAUCAAUGAUGACAUUCCCGUUACAGAAACAAAGUUAAAUUUAUCUGUUGGCAGUUCAAGGGUUAUAUGCUUCACAAUAUGCAUACUAUUUGUCACAAUACUCAUAUUGUUAGGUUUGGCCAUCAGAUCAGCCUUUGUAUCACUGAACAGCAUAUCGAUGGAUAGGUCUUCCUAUUGGUGGCUAUUCCUCUACAGUCUCUUUACAAUACUUUAUCUCAAACAGACRGCAGGUCUUCUUUACUCAAGCCAUUCAAGUAGUCGUUUCAUGAGUUGUCUCAUUUUAAGCACAGCUAUGACCACAAUUGAUAUGAUUUUGUUGACCCGAUAUUUGAUCGUAACAUUUCCUUUUAGGGAAAUCAACUGGAGACCCGAACCCAUUGUCUUAAUUGUCACACAUUUCGUCCAAUUAAUUGUUUACAUUGCAGUCACUGUUAGUUUGACUAACUAUGCAAUUGCAGAGUCAUAACAAAAUUUCACC